UCUCUAUGCUGAAGUACUAAGGCUUUCGGAAGAAAUUCGAAAUUCGGAAGGGUAGUUCGAACUUCAUACGUCCCGGGAGAGCCGCGAAUUGAGUCUAGCCUUGUAUCGAAUACUAGGCCUCUCUGAUGAAUGAGAUAUGAUGUACGCCUCGAAGCUGACCAUUUAGUUUUCCAUCAAAUGUGGUUACCUCCUGCGAACAAAAGCAUACCAAAAUUGUGGCGCCUAUCACGUGAUCGUAAAAGAUCUACUGUGCAACGUCUUAAUUUUGGGAAUUUGCAUGCUUGCAUCAUUCCUUUUGUAUAUAUACUUCCCCUUUCCUCUUAUGAAGAUAUAAGAUUUGAUACAUCGAUAACAUCUCUAGUCUAAACUUUUAGGAGUCUUAUAAUGCAUAGCAUUGUAUCACAGGAGAUUUCGAGUGAUAACUGAAUCGAGUUAAGGUAUUUAUUCAUUUGUCAAAUACCUACAUAAAUGAAUGCGGUAUCAUUAUCAUCCUCCAAUCUCUGUUACAUGGUCUCCUUCAUAUCUGGGUCUCUUUCCUCCUGUAUAGCUCUUGCCUCUUCGUACCCUAAUCUCGAUGAUCAAAGAAGCGCCACUGUUAGAAUUACAACAAUAGCCGCUCCAAUUUGCAAGUAUCAUCUGAAUACUAUGUGAGCUAUUCUAUGAUGAAAGCAUCUGGAAGAUCUGGUAACUCAGACAACAACGGCCACAUCAAGACGAGAAGAGGCUGGGGACUUUCCAGUCUCUACUUUUCCGUGAAGAGAAUCAUCAUUGCUUGGGCACGAUGUCUUGUUAACGCAAGAAAAGUUUUCGGCAAGCCAAGCAAGAAGACCGCAAUUUUCGAGAAAGAUUUUCAAGCUCAAAAACAUCCGCUCAAUACAUUUACCACUCAGCAAAUCAUGAGACAGUUCUGA